AUGGCACCCUAUUUACCUCCUGAAUGUCUUCAAGAGAUAUUUAAUAAUCUUGUAGAUGAUUUUCAAACGUUACAUUCUAUUAUCUUUGUUAAUAAAUUAUGGUGCGCGACUGGAAUAAGAAUUUUAUGGAGAAAACCAUUUUCUUAUGAUAAUGAAUGGAAUAAUUUAUAUAAAAUAAUUCCUAUAUAUUUAUCAUUUUUAUCUAAAGAAAUAAAAAUUCAACAUGAACUUCAGGAAGUUUUAAUAUCAACUAAACCAUUUUUUAAUUAUGUAUCAUAUAUACGCGAAUUAGAUUUAUAUAGUUUACUUAUGCAACUAUGUGAAUGGAUGGUAAAGAGCAAGUUUAUAAGUACGAGACCUCGAAUAUUGACGGAGAGUGAUGAUUUUGAAGAAGAAGAUCCUAUUAUGAGAUUAAUUUGUCAAGAUAUGACAGAAAAGGUUUCAUUAAAACGUAAUAUGUAUAUUAUUAAAGAGAUUAUCAUGAUUAUUGUUGAAAAAUCACCAAAGAUUGAUUAUCUUGAGAUGACUAUGGGAAAUAUGGAUGGUAUCGUUUUUGAUUAUCUUGAUUCCGAAUAUUUUUCAGAUAUAUUUAAUGAUAUUUCAUCAGAAUGGUUUACAAAAAUCUCAAAACUUGAAUAUGAUGGACGAUAUUUAUUUAAAAAGUUUACGGAACAUGCAAAUAAUAUUAAAAAAUUAUCAUUUGGAUUUCAUACUUUUACACCAGAUUUGAUUCCUAAAUUAUCACAAAAUAGUAAUUUAGAAAGAUUACAAUUACGAAAUGUUGAAUUCACGGUACAUGAUUAUGAUAAUUUUUCGAUAGAUAUAAAAUUUUCUAAAUUAAUAUCUUUAGAACUAUUUGAUGUUAGAAUGGCUAGUCAAUAUCCCGAAAAAUCACUUGUUUAUUUAAUUGAACAGAUGAUGAAAAGUUCCAAAUUAAUUAGCCUAGAUUUGGAACCUUAUAUUGGGGUUAAAUAUGAUAAAUUACUCGAAUUUAUUCCAUGUCAUUGUGCCAAUUUAACCGAGAUAACAUUGAAGAUAAAUGAAGCAUAUGAAGAAACCAUGAAAACGAUAUUAAAGAUUUUACCAAAUUUGAAUAAACUUAGAAUUCUUCGUAUAACAGAGGAUUGGGGAGGAAUUCAAUUGGAUGGUGGAAAAUAUAUUGAUAAAUUAAUAUUACCUAAUCAAUUACAAUUUUUUAAUGUCACGGGCUUACUUUUUUCCGAUGAAUGUUUGAAAAUAUUUUUUGAGAAAUGUUGUUCUGAUUUAAAACAAGUAGUUUUAUUGCUUAAAAAUUACAAUGUCAAACAUGAACAGAUUAUCAAAUCAUUUUCAUUGGAAAAAAAAAAGGAUAUUGAAGAUAUUAUUGUUUCAAUUGAUAAUAAGUCAGAGAUUACUAUUAAUUGGAGAUGA